CUUUCGGGUAAUAUUCAGCAGUCAUACUAAGAUGCCAAAAUGAAAGAAGUAAUUUUAGCGAGCUUUAUAGUCUUGUAUAAUCUAUUGGUGCCUUACAAUGUUGGCAAGUGUCUGGUUUAGAUCUAAAUUUGUAGUUGUUAUGUAUGUUAAAGUAACUUCUUGCAAAGACUUAUAACUUACACUGUAUCUAGUGUGCCCCUCUGGGUGGGGCCGUUGCUCCAUGCGGCCUCAAGGUUAAAGACAGACCGAGAGAAACGGAGAAAAGUUUACCGUUUGAUCCAGCGGCAGCUAGUAAGCAUCAGUUGGUAUUGUAUUAUCAUUUGCUGUACUUUAUUUUGGUUAAACGUAACCUAGUCGUCGCACAACUCUUGACAGAUGAACAACAGGAGCAGCACAUGUGACAAAUGCACGUAUGUUUACCCAGCCAAACUCAAAGAGAUGAUCCGAACAGCAUUUCCAAACGACAUAUGUAACUAUCCUGAUCCCUGCCACGAAAAUGUAAGAUGCAAUUGAACAUUUUCAGUCCUGUACCACCCUUGAAUCGCAGUAACUGGACCUUCAUGUUUUUUGUAGGUUGUUAAAAUCAGUAUGGAUGAUUUGAAAAGGAUGGAGUUUACUUGAUCUGGGAUGGAUUGGCCUGUUAAAUUCAAUCUGAAUUGUUCAGAACUGCAUAUGUAUUUCUAUAAUAUAUAUAUACAAUAUUAAUAUGUUCAUAAUAUAAACAUGAAGUUAUAAUUGUGUAGCCUAAUUAUGGCAAUGUAAUGUUCAAAAGGCAACGUGAUGUCAAAGUUCAUACAAAGUUUGAACGUUUGUUAAUGCAAUCACUUACCAUGUACAUGUGCUGUCUUUUACUACAAUUCCCAGAAUCCCUUUGUUGACGCAUCACUGGACAACGUGCAAAAAAUAAAGUUUUGUUUAAAUGUUAUAUAAAUGUAAAAUGAAUGAUUAAAAUCAUUUUAAUGUUUAAACGUUUGGUUUUAUUGUUAUUGUAAAAAAUAGUUUCAAGUGUGCUUCCCUCGUGCUCCGGGUAAUUGAUUGGCCUGCUGGGCACCAUGGCAACGUACACAAAUUACGUAAAUACCUCAGUAGUGCAGUUAUUUUUGUUACUGGCGAUAUCACAAGAUAUAACAUUAUUUAAGUGCCAUUUUUGGGGACUACUUUGAUUUUACGCUUUAAAAAUGCCUUCGGAUGGAAAAACAGACAUGGAACGGAUUGGUCUCUUUAAAGAGCUGGGAUACAUUUCCAUAGGGACCGAAUAUACACCUUUUAUUUACCGCCCAUUUAAUGAAUCGGCAUACAAGAACAAACAGAUGUUAUCAGGAGGGCAUAAAACAAAGUGCGCGCUCCAAACGGGUUACUUCGACACGCAGUUUAAGCGCAUCUUUGAGAGAGAGGCGCUUACAGACCCCAUCAAAAUACAGAGACAAUACAGAAUACAACAAGCCAAGAAGAACAUAGACAAGGCCUUCCUGCCAAGUAAUGGAGAGAAGAAAACAUGUGGUGUGGGCAGCUAUUAUGGAACAAUUGGAGGUCCCAUUCAAGCUAUGAGUGCAUUGCAGGUUCCCAGGAAACCAUACAAGUCACCUGGAAAAAACUUUUACACCAAUCCACCUAAGAGGGGAAGUGGUUAUGGCUAUCCAGAUAUCACACUCUCCAAAAUGAUGUCCUAUUCAUCAGACCCCUAUGGUCGAGCAAAAGAGAUGCUAAAGCGCGAGAUCAUGGCACACAAAUCCAUGCUGAAAGGGGGACCAUUUCGUUUGAACCUUCAUCCGAAUGAAUGCUUUGACAACAAUCCUUACAAAUCUGACAAACCUGACAAACCUUUACCAACUCCAAAGAAGCCUGAGGAGAAAAAGCAUUAUGCAGUGCCCUUUAAACCAAGUUCACCCAGUAAAAAGGGUGGAGGUAUGAAAGCAGGAACAUUUGACUCUUACCCCACCCACUCUGCAGAACCCUACGUCACCAGAAAGACCAAAUCAGUGAUGACAAACAAAGAAGGCAAGAUAUUUCACCCCUCCCCUGGUCCAAAGAGCACCCCUGUCAAGAGCAUAAUCAACCUUAAUGUUAACAGGGUUGUCAACUCCACAAACUACAAUCAAAUCCCUUCUGUAAUGGCAUAUUAAAAACUUGUGACAUCUUCAGGGGAAAAUAUAAAUAAUUCUUUAAAUAAAAUACUGUAAUUUAGAAAUCUCAA